ACACCACAUCACACGUGUAGAUAGAUACGCAUGCGUAAAUCAAUUUCACUUGUAACCGUCUGUUUUAAUCAGUUUAAAAAACGAAAGUGUUGAAUAUCGUAAUAAAGCGUGAAAGCUCGGCUAUAUAAUCUUUAACUUACUGAAUACUGAUAACAGAGUCAUGGCGCGAUAAUUAUUCAUUUGAAUUUGUUCUAUAAUGUGUAAGUAUAAUGUAUUUUUUAUUUCGUGUGGUAUAAACAAUGCUACAUCCACGUGGAUAGAAGCCUAAUAGAAAUAAACUGGUGCAAGGAUGGCAGAUGGCCAAGAAGUUGUUUCAAAACUGUUACGAAGCAGAGAAGACGAACGAAUUGAAUGUUGACAGAAACUGAUCAAUUUGCUAUGAAGGCCACAGACACAGACGAUACUGAAAAUCAACAAACCACUUCGGAGCUCUUGGGAGGUAAAGCAGAUGAAAUCAGAAAUGAUCCCCAAUCAGUUUCGGAAAAACCUCCAUUACUGUUUUCCAAACGUUUAUUGGUAACAAUCAUGCUAUUUCUAUGCUACGUAAAUUUCCAAAUCCUAAGAAACAACAUGAAUAUCGCCGUCGUCGAAAUGAGUUCCAAUACUUCAAUCACGCAAGACAAUAUUACUAUUACCCGAGCAGCAGAAUUUGACUGGGAUCCAGCCACAGUUGGUAUAGUAACAAGUUUAAUCAACUACGGUGGUCUGCUCGCAUUUGUCAAUGGGUUUGUCAUCAAUAAAUUCGGAGGAUCGGUCAGUUGUGCAUUCUGCAUGCUACUCUCCGGUUUUGCCACAAUACUCCACCCAGUCGCUCUUUACCAAGGUUUCUAUACAUUUUUAUUGUGUCGUUUUUUGACCGGAAUUGUCGAGGCUGCAUUCUAUGCGAGUACGAGUGAGAUAUCAUCGCGAUGGUUCCCAUUAUCAGAAACGUCAACUUUGAUUGCCUACAGUAUGAAUGGUGUAAAUGCUGGUGUAACAAUUACGCAUCCAUUUUGCGGAUAUUUGGCUCAUGAAUGGGGAUGGCAGAUGGUGUUUUAUAUUACUGGUGCUUUAUCUGUGAUUAUAUCGGUAAUUUUCUGGAUUUUCGUGAAGAAUCAUCCCUCACAAGAUCGGACGAUUUCCAAAAUUGAACUAGACUACAUCCUGCAUGGCAAAGAAACAAAAACGAGUUCAAUAAAACAAGAAAAUAAUCUAAAUGGUACAAAAACAAAGGUGUUUCACAUAUUUAGGCUCAUUUUUACAUCAGGUCCUGUAUGGGCGCUGUUCAUCCUCACAUCUACUUACAUGUGGAUAUUCACAAUUGUAACUGCUUCUUUUCCUAUUUACAUCAAAGAUUUAACUCAAAAAGAUACCGACGAAGUAGGAUACAUAUCAUCGAUUCCUGGCUUAGUUUACAUGCUCAUGUUCCCCUUGGUCGGAAUAUUUAUGGAUUUUUGGAAAAAUCACAGCAGUAUUUCUACGACAGCGAUGCAUAAGAUAAUCACGGGUGCAGCGUUCAUCUGUUGCAUACUUUUGUACGUAUGCAACACAAUGGUCUCCGAUUUAAUUACGUCAUUGAUUAUCUUCAUUUUCAUUCAAGUUUCUAUGUCGUUUGUAUCAUUAAUCGUAUCAAUCGUCACAGUUGGUUUAGCUCCCAAUCACGUCAGCCAUGUUGCCAGUAUCAAUAUUUACUUCUUUUCUUUGGGUGCCAUUGCUGCUCAAACUUCUAUAGGAUUUAUGACCACGAACCAUAGAUUGCAAGAAUGGCACAACUUUUUUCUAUUGACUGCGGCCGUUGCAGCUUUCGGUGCUUUAAUUUUUGUAAUUUUGGGAUCCAGUGCGCCUCAACAGUGGUCUACAUCGCCGUCAAUUGAAGAAGAAUGCCAAUCAGCUAGCAAAAAUUUACAAACUUGUGAUUCUCAUUAACGUACUCGUAUGCAUGCGACUAUGUGCAUUUAGACCGGAUUCAUUCCAGGAUGAGUUCCAUUAUUUUCAUGCAUUUUUCAUUUCCUUCGAACCCACACUGCUUUAUAAAGACUCAUAUCUCAAGACUGAUUCAAUUUCCAGAAAAUGUGUUCUCAAAUCGUCCAAAUCAUUCUUCUGUUUUUGGUUUUUCGAUAUAGGCUAUACUUGUUUAUGUAUUUCUGACUUUUGUUCAUUCGAUGUGUAUUUUGUUUAAAAAAAUAAAGUUCAAUAUUUUGAUUCGUUAGAAAA